AUGCAGCCUUCCUCUCCAAUGGUAUCAGGUGCCGAAUCAGGCGCUGAGGGAUCCAAGCCAUCCAGCUCGUCCGGCCCAGCUGGCGGAUCUAGCUCUGCCUUGCGCCCAUCUUCUCCUACUCCCCCAGGAGGCCCACGAACGGCCCUCCGUCGUCGUGCUGCUGCAGACCACAAAGAAUCAGUACGAAAUGCGCGCCCAGCAUCUACUCGAUCAGCCGGAGCUGGUGGUUCGUCUGGUACCAUGUUGAAAUUAUACACCGACGAGAGCCCGGGACUGAAAGUCGACCCUGUUGUUGUAUUGGUUUUGUCUCUUGGGUUCAUUUUCUCAGUCGUCGGAUUGCAUGUUAUUGCAAAGAUCACCCGAAAAUUCUCCUCGUAA